AUUACUAUUCCGAAUACUAUUGAACAGCUAUGGAUUUCUUUUCUUGUUGAUAAAAUGCGUAUUGCCUUGGGCGUUGUCUAUAAACCGCCGAAUUUUAAUUCUUCAGCUUUUAUUACAGAACUUGAAAAUGCGUUGGCUACUGUAGCUGCAACGCACGAUACGUUUAUUUUGGUGGGUGAUGUCAAUAUUGAUGUGCUUCAUGGUGGCAAUGACAGUGUGAGCUUCUUAGAAAUGCUUGAUUCAGUGGGCUUGAUUCAAAUAAUUGAUUCGCCAACAAGAAUUACAAAUACCACUGAAAAAUUAUUAGAUGUGAUCUGCACAUCUGAUUUAGGGAUGAUAAGGGCAAAGGGUGUUGCACGUGGUAUAUCAGAUCAUGAGCUGGUGUUUUGUGAGAUUGCGCCUGUUUUGCCAUCACGUUAUCCUCAGUAUAGAACAUUGAGGUCGUUUAAAUAUUUUGAUCGUGAAGAGUUUUUGAAUGAUUUGUAUAGGCUCCCCCUUUACUCGAUAUUUGAUAUGGUAAGCGUAGAUGAUAAAAUUAACUACCUUACUAACAGUUUAGUAUCUGUAAUAGAUUUCCAUCUUCCUUCAAAACGUUAUAGGUUUACAAAAUCACCCGUUCCUUGGUUAACGGACACUAUUAGAUUAAUGCAGCGCUUCCGUGAUGAUGCAUAUAAAAAGUUUAAAUUAAAAAAAUCAGUGCAUGCGUGGGAGUAUUAUAAAUCAUGUAGAAAUACGGUUAAUGCAGCCAUUGACAGUGAACGUAAGGCAUUUUUGGAGUAUCGGGUUCGGUGUGAAAAAGGUAAUCCUUGGAGGGCGUUGCGGUCGGUAGGUAUGGGCGGUAUUGCGGGCAAUUCAAUACCAGGGCAUCUUCAACGACCUGAUGAUUUAAAUUUUUAUUAUGUCAAUUCUGUUUCAUCUCUAUUACCUUUCGAUGAUGAUUUGUACAGAUAUUAUAGUAGUAAUCGAAUUAAUAGUAACACUUUUACAUUUCAAAGGAUAAGUAACUCUGACAUAUACGAAAUUAUAAAUUCUAUAAAAACAAGUGCAGCAGGAAUAGAUACAUUGAAUAUAAACCUAAUUAAACUUUGUUGUCCUUACAUUACAGAUUAUAUCACACAUAUAAUAAAUCAUUGUUUGACGGAGGGUGUUUUUCCAAUAGCGUGGAAGAUAGCACUGGUAAAGCCGUUGCCUAAAGUUAGUCGGCCCUUAGUGUUUGCUGAUCUCAGACCUAUAAGUGUACUUCCGGUGUUAUCAAAGAUUGCCGAAAAGGUUAUUGCUGGCCAGCUGCAACGCUAUAUUGAUAAAAAUAAAAUCUUACCAGAUGUACAGUCUGGAUUUCGCUCGGGGUUUGCUAUAUAAUUAUAUAACGCAUCGGCAACAACACGUUAUUAUAGAUGAGGUAUUAUCGUGUCCUAUGGAUUUAAGGUCCGGUGUGCCGCAGGGUUCUGUCCUGGGUCCGCUUCUAUACACUAUCUACACUAGUAGAUUUUAUUCUCACUUAAAAUAUUGCAAAAUACAUUUUUAUGCAGACGACACUCAGUUGUAUCACAGUUUCUUGCCAACAGAGUGUGCGUUAGCUAAUCAACACAUUAAUGAUGACUUGCAGAAUGUUGUUGAGAUCUCUCGCAGGCAUGGCCUUAAAAUUAACUCCAUGAAAACUGAACUGGUUUUAUUCUCAACUCAGAAAUAUCGUGAUUCAAUUAAGUCUAGCCUUGAUGUUUGUGUUGGUGACGUGAGGGUACCCUUUGCAGCGUCGGCAAAGACUUUGGGCCUGAUUAUUGACGAAAAGCUGAGAUUUAUUGAUCAUAUAAAUAAAUGUACUCAGAGAGCUUACGCUAAUUUGCGGUCAAUAUAUAGCAACAGAAAGUUUUUAAACAAAAAAAUUAAAACUAUGCUUUGUAAUGCUUUGGUUCUUUCCCAUUUCAACUUCUGCGAUGUCGUGUAUUCUCCCUUUAUUACAGCGCUUACAGCUCAAAGAAUACAACGAGUGCAAAAUUCUUGUUUGAGGCUGAUUUUUGGUGUUCGGCGUCGCCAACAUAUAAGUCAUAAGUUGCGGGAGGUAAAUUGGUUAAAUAUGACGCAGCGACGAGCUCUGCAUUCGGCGUGUUUAUAUUUUACAAUACUAAAAACUGAAAAGCCACCGUAUCUAUAUAGAAAAAUAGUAUUUCGAUCAGACGUACACACAAUAAAUGUCCGUUUUAAAGGUACACUAACUCCUCCUCUACACUCGCUUGAAUUUUUUAAAAGUUCGUUUACGUAUCAGAUUACAACAGUUAUUAACAGUCUCCCGAUAGAUAUCAGAAGUUGUAAUACAAUAAGGUCAUUCAAAAAUAAAUUAUUUGUUCAUUUAUUUAGUACAUAAUUUGAUUUACGAUAAUAUAGCAGCCGUCGCCGUGACAUCGCUGAGUUUAAACAUUAGAGGGUGUGCAAGGUUCUCACUACAGAUGGCAGUAUUAUUUGCUGUUUCUUUUUCUUUUGAAUUAUUGUUUUAUAUUAUUAUG